AUGGGGAAUAUAAAUGUCGCCGAUAUUGCCUCGAGAAAGUCUAUACUCAUCCCAGACAUGCAAGGAUAUGCCAGCACGCCAUGUCAUAGUCCAUUGAGUAAUGGUGCCGAUUACAACUCAAUCACGUAUAGUGAAGAUGGGGAGCAGCCAAUAUCUAAUGUCAUCGCGUGUCUAGCCUUAAGAAGGGACCUUUCUCACCCAGAGAACCCUCCAUUUGGCGCAUGGUGGACUUACACAGUUGAAGAAACGCUUCUGUGGCCAGUUUUAGACUAUCAGGGGCCUAUCAACCAAACCUUGGAUGCUUUAUUUGACUCAACGGACGAGGAAAUGAGUGAUGACGAGGAUUUUCCACCAGCAAGAAGACCAUCUUCACAAAGGAAAAAAUCUCGGUUGAAGAACUCCGGAACCAAUAGUACAUUCGGUCUUGACGAUGGAGAUCUGGUGCCUCAGUUGAUUAACAGCUUUUUGCGGAAUGUUCAUGUCCGAAGCCCAAUACUGGAUCCACCACGAUUGAGGAAUUCCGCUAAGAACUUGGUUGAAAACGGGCUAGACUGGGAUGGGGAGACGUGCCAAGUGUUACUUGCAUGUGCACUGGGAGCGAUUUCCAGCCCCUGGGAUACUUCAGUAAUGGCCAGUUUUGAUGAUAAACCUCCAUCGUCACCAGAUCGGUCUCCACUGGCUCAGAAAUACUUUCAGGCAGCCACUAAGCGCCUUGGAGCUUUAUGGGCAAACUACUCUCUGAUAUCAGCACAGUGUUUCUUCCUCACUGGCUUGUUUCACAUGUUCAUGCAAGAACCAGUCGCGGGUUGGCGAGCUUUUAACUCGGCGAGUAUCACUUGCCGAGCUUAUGCGUCCAAGAGGAUCGCGCAAAUGGCGAGAAGAUCUCAAGAAGGAAAAAGUCAAAUUAAUCGGAGUAUGGAGCAACGUCUAUUUUGGAGCUCUUUCAAAGCAGAGCGUGAAAUUGGCUGCGAAUUUGGCUUGGACACAGCAGGAAUAAAUCGAAUUGUUGAUUGGCCUACACUUCCUACUCCUCCCAGCGGUCACACCCCAAACAUGCAAUCAACACCAAAUUUUGGUACAGACGGGUCGGAGAGUACAAACGAAAACAAUAUCCCAAGCAGUCAUUUGUACGAAGAGCAAUCUUGGUAUUUCUACCUCCUGGAGAUAACGUUAUGCAAGCUGGAAAUGCGCAUCGACAAUUUCUUUCAAGACAAGCGACGCGAAGCCUAUCGACAAAUAGGGUCUCCACCAGAAGUCUUCUUCACCAGCCUUGUAGUUGCUCUGCAGGAAUUCAAUUAUCAAUUAACAUCCUAUUACGAAUCAUUACCGCCUGUGAUGCAAAUCCCGACAGUGAACAUCCACGAAGACAACAAUAAAGAGGAAACAAAUCAAAAACGCGACGAAAGCAACAAAAACAAACAGAGGAACACCCAUGGCAAUAACAACAUCAAUCAAAUUUAUCAUACCCCAAUGACACCAUGCUCAGAUGAGCUAAGGGAAUACUUACGUUUGCGUAUUCUCAGUGUGAGACAUGAUAUCUGCCUUCCUGCAUUGUAUCUGCUCCUGCACAAUGAUGUGUCAGGAUGGCAACCCUCACUACUGGCUGUUCUGGUCCAAUUGACUAAUACCUGUCUAAAAGUGGAUAUGAAUUUCCUUCAUACUAUAGUCACUACUCAUAGACACCACGCCGCCUGGAUAUGCCUAAGAAAAGGUGUCAGAGCAGCACUUAUCUUAAUCGCUGCCCGCAGGUUGGCUGAACAAGGUAUUUCCCGGAUUGGGAGAACUGUACGUGCCUGA